CCCUACUUCCCCACGGAACGUCCAGGAUUCUGAGGGCUUUCAGAAGAGAAUCUUGACACACGAUUCUUAAUCAUCCAGACGCGACCCUUUCUUUGAAGUGAUAACUUCAUUCAUUGGGCCAGGAACAGAUGAUCCUCCUUCUGAAGUAUAGUCAGAAGACCAAUAGUAGCCUAAUGCUUCAUCACGAUGCCUAUGGCAUUUAUCUCACUUUAUCUCAUCAUGCAGGCCUUUUAUCACCUCACAUCCUCACAAGAAGAAGGGUUGCGGAUGAACUGCCAAGCACUUGGACAGCUUGCUGGAGCUGUUUGAAACAUAUUUCUGCAAUUUGUAAACAUUUUUUGUUUUGCUGGUCCGCAUAAAUCUUUAGAUUCAAGGUUUAUGAUCUGUGAGUAUGUCUGUUAACAAGUCACCCAUGAUUAAUAAAUUAGGAGUGAUAUCUUCUUCUUAUCAUGAAAAAUUCUUGAAGUCUAAAAUUCAAAAUUUAAGGAAAAGAAGGAAAAAUAAAUCAAAUCCAUCAUUUUCAAUCACAAAAGAAUUCAUCUUGAAAUUUAACCAAGCAAGAAAUCCAAAAGAGAAAGAAGAGUUGUUGGACCUAGCUAGAAAAACCAUUCUCAGAUGUAAGAGAAAAUUGGGUCUCAAAACCUUAGGCUCUGGGAAGCAUGUGCAUCUUCCUACUGCAUGGACGGAAGUAAUAUAUCUAGCUCAGUGCAAAGGAGAAAUCCAAGAUGAAGCUUUAAAUAUGCUUUAUGCUUCCCUGGACCAUGCUUCCUUUGAUUAUGAUCAUCUGCCUACCUUAUUUUUUGUUGCGGAAUCAGUUUUAUAUAGACUCUGUUGUGAUGCAUUACAAAAGACAUACUUAUAUUCAGUUGAAAUAAAGCUGAUAAAGAUUGGCUAUUUGGUCUUCUUACGACUUUUUAUAUAUUUCCUGCAUGGUCACCUAGGAAGUUUUAAGCAACAUUUAUUUAGGCUUCAACCAUAUUUGUACGCACUUUGUUUCUCUGGAGACUCAUAUCACAAGUAUCCAAACAUCUUUUCAAAUGUGCAAUUCAUUCUGAAAACCAUGGAAAUUAUAUACAAAAGAGAACUCCUUUCUGGAUCAAUUUUUAGCCCUGUGGAAAACAAGAAAAGCCAUAAGAACAUAGAUUCUGAUAUGGAACAUUUGCAGCUUAAUCAGGGAGGAUAUGAAGUUAACCACCUGCUCUGGCACUGUGUUGCUGCCUGGUCAUGUGUUCAGAAGAAUAGUCCUCAGCUGAAUAAGGUGCUUGAACAUCUCAUUUCUCAUAAAGUGCAGCUUCAAAAGAAAUGCUGGUUGGAUUCAAUACUGGCUUUGUUGGUCCUUGGGGAGGCUGCCAAACUAAACAUGGCCUGCUUAAAAGCUUUAAUGGAACUAAUGAAAGAUUUCCUUUCAAGCAUUAUGUCUGUUCAAAACCAGGAAGAAGGCUGCAAGGUAGAAGACAUUUCCUGGGCCUGGAAUGUAGUCUACAUGUAUAUAACAAUUCUUGCAGAAAUCUGCUUGUAUGCAACCACUUCUAAUUUGCGAAAAACUGCUUUUAUUGGUUUCUGUGUCUGUAAAAGUUCACAAAAAGAUAUUUUACUCAUGAGUAAAUCAGAAGAACCACCAGAAUUGAAGGAAGCAAGUAUUUUAGGUCUUUUGGAAUAUUUCUCUUCAAAAAUAUCGGAUAAUUGUGAUCAAGUGACAUGGAUCGGAUACUACGGCUUAAUAUAUAACCUGGUGAAAAUGUUAUGGGAACUUCGGGGAGAUGAUGAGCAGGACGGAUUUAGAAACAAAAUAUGGCAAAUAUUACAGAAAACAAAGGAUCAUGAGAAAGAUGGGCGAAUCCAUAAUGGCAUAUAUAUAGCUCAGGCUGAGUUAAAUGACCCAACUGAUCCCUUCACUAAUUAUAGUACAAAAGUCUCAUCAAAUGUGGGGGAUGAAACUUACUCUAAAUACAUAGGCUGGAGAAUUGCCAAUGCUCUUUCCAAACUGUUCUUCCCCUCCACUGAAGCCCAUGUUCUUCCUUUGAAAGAACCAUUGAAAAAACAGGAUCCAGGGAAAUAUCUGAACAAAAAGGAUUCUGUGAAGAAGAGAGUUCUACAUGUUACUAUAAGGGAACAUCCUUUUGUCUCAGAACUUCCCCUGUUUUCUUACCCGGAUUUCUUCACCAGGGCUGAUGAAGAGUUGGCAAGAAUCAUUGACCAUCAUUGGCAGAAAGAGCUGAAGAUUCGACAGAAAGAAGAUGCAAUAUGUGAGGCCCAAGAACGUAAAGACAAAGAGUUAAAGGAAAAAAAUCAUUUCAGAGAAAUUAUGAAGAGAAGAGAAGAGAAACUACACAAGCAAACCAAACCCUAUGAGCUUCCUCCUAGGACUGAAGUAAUUUCAUUAGAAAUAAGAUAACCCCCAAAUUGAAGUCCAUAUGCCAGAAAUUGCAUGAAAGAGAGCAAGAUAGCUAGAUGUUAGGAAAAACUUCUAAUUAACUAGAAGCCAUUUCUUCAGAGUUGUUAUCCUGGUGCAGACUCUUUAAUAGUUUUAUCUUCGUCCUAAAUUAGCAGCUCUUAAUCACAUUUGAGUGAAGUGAUUUUACUAGUUAAACAUUUUCAAGAGUAUGUCUAGAGCUCUUCCUAAUUGACUUUUUUCUUUUGAUCAUACAGCAUCUUUAAUGAUUCUCGGAGUAUUGAUUUUCAGUGGACCAUUAGAAGGAAAUGGAUUGUAAAUUAUUAAUGAGUCACAUUUAAGAAUUAUUCCUUGAAAAUAGAAUGAGCACCAACUGAUACUCCUAUGUUAACUAUUAUUACAAAUAAAAGAAGUAAGGCACCUGGUUGGAUUUGUAUUUCAUAGUCAAUGCCGCAUCCAACUCUAGGUCAGAAACUUGAAUUCAGUGAAGUACAGUAGAUAAAUAAAUCUAGGCAGGCCAUUCAUCUCAGGAUGAUUUGGUCUUUGGUGGAUACCAAAGGAGACCCCUGAGUGACGGUGGUUUUACCUUGCCAGAUGAGUUUAUAAGGGUGAAUCUUGAUGGUCCUAGAAGGUAACAGGAACACUUACCAGAGGGAGUCAGCCAAUUACAGGUGAUUUUUAAAAGGCACUUCACUUCCUCUGAAACUCUCAAUCUAUAGGUUGGGUUGGGGUUCCCAUGAUGGCUUACACCUCUUUCUGAAAAUCACAGAUAAUAACCACACCUCUAUUUCUUGAUACUCAAGGGACAGUUACUUUAUUAGGGAUGUUAAACUCAAAUGACUACCAGGUUAGGAAGGUAACAGAACUCAGCAAAAUGAGCUAUGGAAUACCUUCCCUAUCUAAAAAAAGUUCCCAGCACUUGGCUAUACUCAUCAAGGUAUGUCCAGUAGUAUAGCAUCAUACAAUCUUCCAAGAAGGAGCUCUUAAAUAGGAUUGUUUUUUAAAAUAAAAGCUGUUAAAUUUUAAAAUACUGGCAAUUAAUUUUUUAAAAAGAAUCACAUAAUUUGGGAUUGAAUUUGUGACCAAUAUUAUGUGAAUAUACAGCAUCAUUCUUUAAGAUAACAAUAAUAUGUAAAAGAAAAAUGAGAGGUUUGAGGAAGGUUCUUUUUAUUAUGAUUCUCUAUAAGGCUGUUUCAAAUCUAUGUGGCUCUUCCCAAAUAUUUUGUGUCAUCCUUGUUUCCUUUUACAGAGAUUUAGUUCUCAGAAAUAAUAUCUUCCAGUGUACCUUUCCAAAUACCUACAUUAAUCUGUGCUUUCUUCGUAUAUGAAAAGAAAUCUCUCCUACAGAGGCCAGCCAGUCCCCUUUCCCUGAGUUUCAUCACUUUGAAAAUCUUGCUUCGUCAGCUAUUUACUCUCCUCCUUGAAGGAACUCCUUAUUACUCACUCCUACUCACAGAUGUCUCCAUUUUCUACCAUCCUUCCAUUCAAAGCCCUUUCUCCUUAAGUCCCACAGCGAUAGCAGCCUUACCAGACUGCUCUUUUAAGUCAUAACCUUUCUGACAGGUUGUGAAAGAGGGAACCAUUGGGCUGUGAGUUGUGGGGAAGGGUCUCUGGACAUCUCAUUGCUACUUAUAAGAAUGUCAGCAAAUUCUGCUGUUUCAGAACCACUUUCAUACAAUCCUGGUGCUUCCAGUUUCUAUAAUAUUCUAGUGUUCUGGGGCAUGGAUUAGUUUGCCUUAAGUCUUCCUGCAGACUUAGGUUUAUUUAUUCAUUUUUCUGUUCUGCUUAGUCUGCUCCCACUGUUCACCUGCUUUCCAAUUUCCACAUUUUCCUUAGUAUUUUCAAUGUACUGUCCUAUUUUCUCCUUAUGGAUUCAUGCCUUUAAAAAAAUUAAUUCUUGGGGUGCCUGGGUGGCUCAGUGGGUUAAAGCCUCUGCCUUUGGCUCAGGUCAUGAUCCCAGGAUCCUGGGAUCGAGCCCCGCAUCGGGCUCUCUGCUCAGCGGGGAGCCUGCUUCCCUUCCUCUCUCUCUACCUGUAUCUCUGUCUACUUGUAAUCUCUGUCAAAUAAAUAAAUAAAACCUUAAAAAAAAUCUUUAUAAAAAAAUAAAAAAAAGUAAUUCUUUUUCUAUCAUAGUAGUAGAGAUUUCUAAGGGAGCAAAGACAAAACAAUGUAUGUAUACACAUAUACAUAAGGAGAAAGAGAUGAUUAGUCAGAAUGUUUAUACCUUUAUUCUUAAAUUAUUUUAUGAAAUUCUUUAUUCUUAGCCUUUAAAAUUCUUACAGUCUGACAACACACAUCUCUCUUGGUCUUCCUCCUAUACCUGGAUUAGUAGAAAAGGCUGGGGCUUAUAGAUCUGGGUUCACAUUCUAACUAUGCUCCCUGGUACCCACGAAACAUUGGGUAUGUCACCAAAACUACUGCAGCUUCAGUUUACUCACUUAUAAAAUGGGUACCAUUUGUGUAAAGAGUGGCACCAGUCAGAAACUAAUCAGGAAAACAGGAAUGUGUCAGUCAUUUUAAGAGAGAGUUUAAUGUAAGGAAUUACUUUCAAAGUGUUAGAGACUUGAGAAAAUGAAAAGGAAACAUAGAAACAAUACCAAGUGCAAGAAAUCGGUACCACCCCCAUGGCCAGGGCAUCAGAAGGAAAGAGGGCUGGAUUAUUAGACUCUAGAAGCAGUGGAGACAAGUUGCAUAAGGUGGGAUCCAGCCCUCUGUCAGGAAGGCGCUGCCCUGCUGCUGCUGGGACCUCUGACAGGGCACAAUAAGGCAGUCUGGGGGCACAGAGGAAAAAAGGAAACAAGAACAAAUUGUCUGUGGCUCAAAUCAUGCUGCCAGGAAGAGCAAGAAAAAUGGGAAGAAUCAGGGCCAUCUUUUGCCAUCCUGGAGCUUUUCCUCUGAUGCUCCUGUCCCCCACAUCAUAAAGCAGAUGGAAGGGUAGGUUUGGGGCUGAAAGGCACUUGUUAAAUAACUAGAAAAAAUAUGUAGUGCAAUGCUUAGAACAUAUUAACUACAUGCAAUACAAAUUAAUCCAACCCCUUUUAUCUUCUGCAUUUUUGGCCUUCUUUUCUACAAACUUUCCCCAGACCCUUCCUCUCCUCAAAAAAGGAGCUUGAAAGAAAGCAUCACCUUUUAAGUUAAUGUAAAGCAAGUUUAUUAUCAUUUAUCUUUAUAACUAACCCUUAAUUCUUUCAGUAAGUACUUCACCUAACACAAGCUUAACUGGAACUCUUUUGUAAUUUACUUUCAUAUUGAUUUUGUCUCACAAUUCACAAAGUGUUCUCCGAGUCCCAGCCUGGGCUGGGCACCAGGUGGUUCUCUCAGUGACUCUUGUGUGUUUAGGUUAUGGUUUCUGGGCCGUGGUUGCUUGUUUUCCCAGUCUCCCUGCUUCAAGUUGGUAAGAGGAAAAAGGAGAAUGAUAAAUAUAUACCAUGUCUUAUUAACUCUCUGCAGCUCUUACUCAUCUUUAAGUGCUUCUACUGCUUGGAAGCGUUAACUUCUCUAGCUCUAAAUCCCUUUCUACCCCAAACUCAUUUCCAUGACUCGUUCCUAUGCUACUUUCACUCUAUGUAUACAUUUAUUUUGAAAGAGUAAACCCAGGUCUUCCUACAUUCAUUUACUAUGCAUUCUCUAUAGAUUUCUGUUAGCAACUCCCAAAGCAGCAGCUUGUUCACAUCAACUACCUAAUUAACAUUAUACCUUACUGAGAAUGAAAUAUUUAUAGGAAUUUUAGCCAGUUUUACUAGGGCAUUAAAAAUUAAAAGAUAGGGACGCCUGGGUGGCUCAGUUGGUUAAGCAGCUGCCUUCGGCUCAGGUCAUGAUCCCAGCGUCCUGGGAUGGAGUCCCACAUCGGGCUCCUUGCUCGGCGGGGAGCCUGCUUCUCCCUCUGCCUCUGCCUGCCAUUCUGUCUGCCUGUGCUCGCUCUCUCUCUCUCUCUGAUAAAUAAAUAAAAAUCUUUAAUAAAAAGAAAUUAAAAGAUAUAUAUUAAGGGACAAAAGAGAGAAAAGAUAAAUAGUAAAUAAAUUCUGAGUAACAUAAGAUGAACGUAAGCAUUUCCCCUAGUGCAAUUUAAUAAAGAUAAAUCAAAAGAUUUGGAAAGGUUUGUGGAAUGCCAAAGAGAAGUUUAGGGAAGAAAAUACCCCAAAUAAAUGUCUCUACUCUGACAUUACUGAGUGGGUGUUUGGGGACAUGAAGUAGUAGUAGACAAAAUAACUCACAAUGGUAGAAACUCUACCUAAUGUGUACCAACUAUAAUUCAAAUAAUUGAUUCUUCUGCUCUUACCAGUAAAAAUGCUCUCUUGGACAUAUGACUCUAACUGUCGACUAGUUGAUUAUGAGUGACCGUUCUCACUUUAAAAUUUUUUUUUUAAUAUUUUAUUUAUUUAUUUGAGAGAGAGACAGUGAGAGAGAGCAUGAGCAAGGAGAAGGUCAGAGAGAGAAGCAGACUCCCCAUGGAGCUGGGAACCCGAUGCGGGACUCGAUCCCGGGAAUCCAGGAUCAUGACCUGAGCCGAAGGCAGUCGUCCAACCAACUGAGCCCCCAGGCUAUAUCAAUAAAUCCAAAGAAAGAUACCGUAUAUAACUAGUAAACACAGUUCCUUCUUUUCAUAUACCACCAUCCCACCACUGUCCAUACCACAUGGUCCUAUAGCAAGGUUUACAGUAGAGGCACUUUCGACAUUUUAAGUUGGAUAAUUAUUUUAAUGGAAAUUGGGCCUUUUGCACAUUUUCAGCUAUUUAACGGUAUCUUUGGUAUCUACCUGCAAGAUAUAAGUCAUACGCCUUGCCUUCCCCCCUCCCCAUCCCGAUCAGUUCAGACUACCAAAAGUACCUCUGGGAAUAAAAUUGCUCCUGGUUGGGAAUGACUGGCUUAUAGUUUCACUAACCUUGAGUUCCAAAUUCCAAAUUUAACUUAUUGGUGAUUGUUUUUCAGGUUUCUUUCAAAUUCUGUCCAGCUGUUUACACAUGAAGCUCUUACUUUUGGUCAGCAGGUGACUCCCACUUAAAAUUACCAUAGGUCUCAUGAAGCCACUUCAUUCCUCCUCACAUCUCCAUUUGCUGAAGUGAAAAUACGAACAAGAGGGCCCUUAUUUGUUUUAUAUGUCAUUAACUGGUGAUAUUUAUCACAUUUCCUGUGGGCUAAACACAAGUGAAGGCAGGAAGCCAUGAAAACCUGCUUUGCCAAUGCCUGUAUAGAAAAGACAUGCCUAUAAUAAAUUCCUCCCACACUGUACUUCACAGCCCUAGGCUGGCCACUUAAGACCUCAAGUAUUUGUAAGUCUCCUUGUACUAAUUCUAGGUAUUUUUCUCUGACAUAUAGGAUGUGUUUGGAAAUUUAGAGCAAAACUCAUUUUAAAUUAUCUUCUAUAAAUUCACAUAUUUAUAUAGUUUUGCAAAUUUGUUGAUUUGGUGACUUUGGAGCUACAUGCAUUUUUCAUAGUGACAUAGAUUUCAAGGAUAAUUUGGCUCUAAUGUUAUUCAAGCCCACUUUUUCCUCCAAUCAUUCUAGCUAAGGGACCUAUUUACAUAAUACCUAGUGCCUUGUUAUUUUUUUAUUCCUGCUUCAUUGGAAAGCCAAGAGUAAACAAAAACAAAUGCAUUUCCAAAUCACUUUUUAAUUGGAAAAUCUUUGUGGUAUUUCACUUUCUAGUGAAAUUUCCCAAGCCUAUUCUAUCCUGGAAAAGGCAGGGUGUUUUUUUUUUUUCUUAUGAAUUAAAGCACAUGGUAGAGGUUAAGCAUUUCAGAACCAUGAGUGCAACUUUUUUUAUUAUCUGUAUAUAUUCUAACAUCUACUUUUUAUUAUUAUUAUGUUAGUAACUGUACAGUACUUCAUUCAUUUUUGGUGUAGUGUUCCAUGAUUCAUUGUUUGUGUAUAACACCAGUGCUCAUAGCAAUACAUGCCCUCCUUAAUACCUAUCACUGGGCCAACUCAUUCCCCCACUCUCUUCCCCUCUGAAACCCUCAGGGUGUUUCCCAGAGUCCAUAGUCUCUUAUGGUUCAUCUUCCCCUCUGAUUUCCCUCACUUCAUUUUUCCUUUCCUUGUCCUAAUGUCCUCCAUGCUAUUCCAUAUGUUCCACAUAUAAAUGAAACCAUAGGAUAAUUGUCUUUCUAAGCUUUAUUUAGUUCACUUAGCAUAAUCCCCUCCAGCUCCAUCCAUAUCGAUGCAAAAGUUGGGUAUUCAUCCUUUCUGAUGGCCGAGUAAUAUUCCAGCAUAUAUAUGGACCACAACUUCUUUAUCCAUUCCUCUGUUGAAGGGCAUCUCAGGUCCUUCCAAAUUUUGGCUAUUGUGGACAUUGCUGCUAUGAACAUUGGGGUGCAUUUGGCCCUUCUGUUCACUACCUCUGUAUCCUUGGGGUAAAUCCCUAGUAGUGCAAUUUCUGGGUCAUAGGGUAGCUCUAUUUUUAAUGUCUUGAGAAACCUUCAUACUGUUUUCUAAAGUGGCUGUACCAACUUGUGUUAUACCAAUAGUGUAAGAGGGUUCCUCUUAUACAAAGACUACUAGCAAUCCAGUGAUGCCAUGACUAUUUACUCUCAAGUUUCCUCUCAAAGACAUUCAUUUCAUGUCACUGGAAAACGGAGUUUGAGUAAAUGCUAAAUUCCCAGGAAGACUGAACAUUGGUAGCUUCCUGAUAGGCCCAGGCAACCAAAAGCCAAAGAAAGAGAAAUAAAAUGCUGAGAAGUCAUCUUUCAUUUAAGUUAGCCAUCAGUCAUUCCCCAUGCCUGGUUUAAGGAGAAGGGUGAAAAUAAGCUUACAACCUAGCUAUUUAAUUACCAAAUAAUAAAGGUUUGAAGUUCCUUGAAGGAAAACUCGAGAGUCCAUUACAACCUUUGGGGCCAACACAGAUGAAAUCAACACUCAUGAAAACAGGGAAAUGAUAAGGAGGAAUGAAAUAGCUCAUAAGAUGUUAAGUGUUAGUGCUUACAAUCAAUAAUCUAGUGCUCUCAUUUUACAGAUGAGAAAACUGAGCACUGGUAGUUCACCAAGCUAAAGAUAAGAUAUUUAUUAUUUCACUGAAUACAACAAAACUAUGAAGCAGGUAAAAUAAUGUCCAUUGAAUCCUGAGGUAAAAGGGGCUUUUAAAAGUAAUGUGCAACAAUGUCACUUAGGUCUGUGAGCUCUAAUGACCACACUACACUUCCUUAGAGAUUUGGAAAAACAGUAGCAAUCAAGAGUCUUACCUGAAAACCAAUUCUGUUUAUGAUACCAUUCUGAGGCUCUCUCUCCAAACACAACAUGCCACUUAUGAAUACACACUAACAAUAUAGAAGAAAAACCACAAGUAUAUAAAGUUGAAUUGUAAUAAAGUUUUUGAUGAGUUCUCAAAAGAAUUAAAAAGUUAAAAUUCUUAAAAAGUUUGACAAUUCAUAAAAUAGGCAGUGAAGUCAUGAUUGUUUUAAAUAUUCAUUCAAGAGCAAGUAACAAUAUGCUACUCUGUACUUAUCCCAUUGUACAGUUAUUAUUAUGAUUGUGUGGAAAAAAUAAAUUGUAUUUGGGAAGAGAGGUGUAGACAAUAGAAAAAGUUUUGAUUGUGCCACUUCUGUGUUCUGUGUAGAGUCACUCAAUUCAGGCAAAUGGAUGUUUUCUUGCCUAUUCCUUGACUCUAUUUUAUUGACAUAUUGUAUUUGUCAACUAAGUAUUAUUUGAACUUUGAAGAAAAUAAGUUUUUAAAACAUAUUUUUGUACCACAUCUUCCUUAUCCAUUCAUCUAUCAAUGGACACUUAGGUUGUUUCUAUAUCUUGGCUAUUGUAAACAGUACGACAGUAAACAUAGAGGUGCAUAUAUCUUUUGGAAAUAGUGUUUUCAUUUUCCUUGGGUAAAUACCCAGCAAUAGAAUUAAUGGAUCUUAUGGUUAUUUACUUUAAUUUCUUGAGGAACCUCCAGAAGGGAGGUGAGUGGAGUGAUGGGCGAAAUAGGUGAAGGUGAGUGGGAGGCAAAGGCUUCCAGUUAGGGAAUGAGUAAAUCAUGGGAAUAAAAGGCACAGCAUAGGGAAUAUAGUUAAUGAUACUGUAAUAGUGUUGUAUGGUGACAGAUGGCACUUAAGGUUUCUGGUGAGCACAGAAUGAUGUAUAGAGAAGUUGAGUUACUAUGUUGUACACCUGAAAAUUAACGUGUCAUUGUAUGUCAAUUAUACACAUGAAGACAAUUUAAAGAAAAGGAUUUUGGUAAUAGCUGCAACUAGAUAUAAGGCUCAAGUGAUUCAAAAGGCAAACCUUGGAUUUUAACUCAGAUUUCCUAGUUCUUAAUCUUAUGUCUUGUACACUUGUACAUCAAUAUAAUGCAGGUAAUUUUAAGCACCACCAUACCUCACAAGAACACUGAUGGCUAUAUUUUAAAUGUGCCUGUGAAAAGUGAAAUGGAGUAUUAAUCCAAGGUUGUAGAUGCAGAACUGUCUGUUCCUCCAGGGACAGCAAAAUAGCUUUUAGAAGGUAAAGUAGGCAUUAAAACCUGGAUUUACAAAGGUGGUCUUAUUUCUUUACCAUUUGCUAUGAUUCUAAAGCUUGUAUUUCCUGUUUACUUUCCUCCUUAAAAUUACUCUAGAUAACCAAGUAGCACAGCAACAAUUUUAAAGGACAAUAGGAAAGCCAGUGAAUGUGGGGAUGGUGAUGAAGAAGAGAAAGAUAAUAAGGAGGAGGAAAAUGAUAAAACCAAUAUGCACUGAAUCUUUGUUUUACUAUGGACCAAAUACUGUGUUAAGGCUUCUCAUUUAAUUAUUAGUUUUUCACAACUCAGGACAAAUGUGUAAUUAUCUCUUCUUAUAGAUAAGGAAUUAAGGCUUAGAGAGGUCAGUUAACUUGUUCGUGGUUGCACAGCUACUCUAAGUGGGCCUUCUGAACUUAUGCGAUUCCCAGACCUGUGUUCUUAAGCAAUGUGCUACAGUGAAUCUGCAAUUAUAUCAGCAUGUUAAGACUAAAAAUGGUGACAGUCACAAUAAUGAUGAGGAGAAGGAGAAUAAACUUCU